AUGGCUACCAAUCCCUCCACCUAUAAGUUGAACCAUACCAUGAUCCGGGUCAAGGACCCGAAACGAUCAUUGGAGUUCUAUAAGUUUCUUGGCAUGAGCUUGAUCAAGAAGAUGGAUUUCCCCGAAUGGAAGUUCACCAACUACUUCCUGACCUAUGACGGUCCCAAGUCACUCCAAGGCGAAACCCACUUUACCGAUCGCAAUGCAAACAUCGAGCUCACCCACAACUACGGCACCGAAGAUGACCCCAACUACAGUGUCGUGAAUGGUAACACCGAGCCAUACCGGGGCUUUGGUCACCUUUGCAUUUCGGUUGACAACAUCGAGGCUGCCUGCAAGCGCAUUGAGGAUGCUGGUUACCCAUUCCAGAAGAAGCUGACCGAGGGUCGCAUGCGCCACAUUGCUUUUGCCAAGGACCCCGAUGGAUAUUGGGUUGAGAUCAUUCGUCGUAGCGAUGAGGAUCAGUCCCCCACCACCGAUCCCUCGAGCUACCGCCUUAACCACACUAUGCUCCGUGUCAAGGAUGCCGAGGCCAGUCUGAAGUACUACCAGGAGUCCCUGGGAAUGACCCUGGUCCGCACCGUUGAGAACCCCGAUAACAAGUUCAACCUUUACUUUUUGGGUUAUCCGGCUUCCAACCCUCCAGUCAAGGAUGGUGUUAAGAAUGCCGUGGCUGAGUGGGAGGGUCUGCUCGAGUUGACCUGGAAUUAUGGCACAGAGAAGCAGGAGGGCCCUGUUUACCAUAACGGAAACGCCGAACCCCAGGGAUUCGGCCACAUUUGUAUUUCUGUGGAUGAUCUCGAAGCGGCCUGUGAGAGAUUUGAGUCUCUUGGUAUUCCCUGGAAGAAGCGCCUGACCGACGGUCGCAUGCACAAUGUGGCAUUCCUGCUCGAUCCCGAUCAGUACUGGGUAGAGGUGAUCCAGAACGAGCGGUUCAAGCCCAGUGCUAACUGGUAA